AUGCUCACCACCGACAAGACCGACCGUCAAUCCCACGAAUACGAGUACGAGAGUCGCUUUCCUCUCUCCUGGGCCCCGAUAUUUUCGACCUCCGCGAGGUGCAUAUAUUUUAACGAAGAAAGAAUAGGGCGCAAUUCAUCAAUAUCUCCACAAGAUUUAAACUCUCACGUACCGCGGUGCUGCACGGUGGCUUUAGGAACGCUGUCUUACUUCGUAUCUUUUAUGAGCCCCAUUUCAGCUCAUUGGUCCUCCACCCCCCGCACUUCAACCAGUCUUCGUGGCUCGGAAAUCGAAUUCCGCAUACCAGCCGUAUCAUCAAAAGAACGGAUGUGCGCGUAA